AGUGCGGAAGUGAGACACAAGUUGGCUACACAAAGGACGCGUGAACGGCAUAAACAGAACACAUUAAAACAACCGUCCGAUCAAACAAACAGAUUUAACUACAGUAUAUACAGUAUGGCCACUACAGACACGGUGUACAACGCCACCACCACAACAGAGCAGCUGCCCAAAACCAGAAAAUGGUUAAUCGUGCCAUCAGAGAAUCUGGAUAAAAUUCGAUUUGUGAUCAAAGUGAUUGAAGUGCUCCUUUCGUUCGUGGCGUUUGUGAUGGAGGAGGUCGUGUCCAACUGUUCACACUGUGGACCGCUCUACUUCUUUGAAUUCGUCAGUUGCACAGCCUUCCUCUUCACACUGUUGCUCCUCAUCCUCCUGGCUACAACGUUGCACCAGAGAGUCGGAAUUAACAGCUGGCCUACUCUGGAUUUUGGAUACACAACAGCUAUGGCAUUCCUGUUCCUCAUUGCCAGCGUUGUGUUUGCGGCAGACAAUGGUCAGACAAGCCUGGAGCAGGGCACUGUGGUAUUUGGCUUCAUGGCCACGGUGGCCUUCUUUGCUGACUUUGGCUACUUUUUGAAAACUCGCGGUAUUCCUUGCCGAAAGGGAAACAACCAACCAGCAGACCACACAGCAAGACCAGAGAUUGAGAAACUUAAUUCUAAUGGAACUGAAUGAGGCUUGCUAGUGUUUUCACCAGCAAACUGCUGUUGUGUUCAAAAGCUUUUUUUCCCUUUUGACAAACAAUUUUUUUUAUACAUGAGAAAUGGUUUUUUUACCCAAAGCAAAAAAUUUCUUAAUAAUUCCAUUUCAGUCAGUUACUAACUGGCAUGUUGGACCAGUUUUAUACUGUGCCUUAGCUGUUUUUAUUUUUUUUACACGAGUCUUAAUUUCACGGUUGAAGUAGAAAUCAUUCAUAUCUAGCGGUUUCUCGGUUUGGGAAUCGCUUCUAUUUUGUCAUUACAAUUUUUACACAAAAAAAAAAA